AUGUCUACUCACUUCUCCACCCACUUUCUUCCUCCAUCUUCUUCUAAUCACCAUUUCUCUUUCUCUUCUUCUUCUCCUCUCUUUUUUCUUCAUCCAUUCUCCAAACCCUCUUUAGGUGCUGCUGUGUCGUUUGCCGCAAAAGAUAAACGAGAGAAAAGAUGCAGAGCUAUAUCCAAAUCAAGAACUCAGGAAUAUGAAGAAGUAUUUCAAACUAAUGUAGCAACAUUAAAGUUGAGUGAAAUUAAUGUGGAAGAUGUCAGAGUCAUAGAUGAUGGGGAGAAACAAGAUAUUAGGAAGGUGGGUUUAGUGAACAAAAUAAAAUCAAUAUUGAGUUCAUUGGAAGAUGGAGAUAUAACUAUAUCUGCCUAUGAUACUGCUUGGGUUGCUCUUGUUGAAGAUGUUAAUGCUAUUGGCACCCCUCAAUUUCCUUCUAGUCUAGAAUGGAUUGCGAAAAAUCAACUUCAAGAUGGCUCAUGGGGUGAUAGUCGAUUAUUUUCGGCUCAUGAUCGAAUCAUUAACACAUUGGCAUGUGUAAUCGCGUUACGAUCAUGGAACAUGCAUUCAGAAAAAUGCGAGAAAGGAAUGAUGUUUUUUAGAGAGAAUCUUAGCAAGCUUGAGAAUGAGAAUGAGGAGCAUAUGCCAAUUGGGUUUGAAGUUGCUUUCCCUUCACUACUUGAAAGAGCUAGAGGAUUAAACAUUGAUGUGCCAAAUGAUUCUCCAAUAUUGAAAAACAUAUUUGAAAAAAGAGAUGAAAAACUCACAAGAAUACCAAAAGAGAUAAUGCAUAAAGUGCCAACAACAUUGUUACAUAGCUUGGAGGGUAUGUCUGGCUUGGAUUGGAAACAACUUCUAAAAUUGCAAUCACAAGAUGGAUCAUUCUUGUUUUCUCCAUCUUCCACAGCAUUUGCAUUAAUGCAAACUAAAGAUGGAAAUUGCCUUAAAUACUUGAAUAAUGUUGUCAAAAAAUUCAAUGGAGGAGUUCCAAAUGUGUAUCCGGUGGAUUUAUUUGAACAUAUUUGGGCGGUUGAUCGUCUCGAACGCCUUGGAAUAUCUCGAUUUUUUCGACAUGAGAUCAAAGAUUGUAUGAAUUAUGUUUCUAGAUAUUGGAGUGAAAAGGGAAUUUGUUGGGCAAGAAAUUCAAAUGUUCAAGAUAUUGAUGACACUUCAAUGGCUUUCAGAUUACUUAGAUUACAUGGUCACCAAGUUUCAGCUGAUGUGUUUAAGCACUUUGAGAGAAAUGGUGAAUUCUUCUGUUUUGUUGGUCAAUGCACACAAGCAGUGACAGGAAUGUAUAAUCUAUUUAGAGCCAGUCAAGUGCUUUUUCCAGGAGAGAAAAUUCUUGAACAUGCCAAACACUUCUCUGCCAAGUUUUUGAAGGAAAAGAGAGAAGCAAAUGAACUCAUAGAUAAAUGGAUCAUAAUGAAGAAUCUGCCGGAAGAGGUUGGCUAUGCAUUGGACAUUCCAUGGUAUGCAAAUUUAGGUCGUAUAGAGACAAGAUUUUACAUUGAUCAGUACGGUGCUGAAAGUGAUGUUUGGAUUGGCAAAACUCUUUAUAGGAUGGCGUAUGUGAACAACAACAAUUAUCUCGAGCUUGCUAAAUUAGACUACAACAAUUGUCAAGCACAACAUUUAACCGAAUGGAACGCAAUUCAGAAGUGGUACUUAGAAUCAAGAUUGGGAGAAUUUGGAUUGAGCAAAAGGGAUCUUCUAUUGGCUUAUUUUUUAGCAGCGGGAAGCAUAUUCGAGCCCGAAAGAUCUCAUGAGAGACUUGCUUGGGCAAAAACUACCGCUUUGCUUGAGACAAUCAAAUCUUAUGUUAGAGAUGAAGAUUCGAGGAAAGAUUUUGUGAAAAAAUUCAAUGACUACAUUGAUCUUCGAGACUAUUCAAUUGGUUGGAGGUUGAAGAGGAACAAAAUAGAACAUGGAGAACAUGAACUUGUUGAGACUUUGUUUGCAACCAUAGAUGAAAUAUCAUGGGAUGUAAGAUUGUCUUAUGGUCAUGAAAUUGGAUACCAUAUGCAUCAAUGUUGGAAAAAGUGGCUUUCAAGUUGGCAAAGUGAAGGAGACAAAUGUGAAGAAGAAGCAGAACUUUUGAUACAGAUAAUAAACCUAAGUUCGAACCAUUGGACUUCUGAAGAACAAAUAUGCAAUCCACAAUACAAGCAUCUUCUUCAACUCACCAACUCUAUAUGCCAUAAACUUAGUUGCUAUCAAAAGGACAAGGAACUAAAAGGCAUCAUCUACCAAGAAAACAUCACCAUCUCAGAAGUAGAGUCCAAAAUGCAAGAGCUUGUACAAAUGGUGUUUCAAAAAUGUCCCAAUGACAUUGAUUUUAAUGUGAAGAAUACUUUCUUCACAAUUGCGAAGUCCUUUUACUAUGCAGCUUUCUGUGAUUCAAAGACCAUCAACUUUCAUAUUGCCAAAGUUCUCUUUGAAAAAGUUGUUUAA